CGAGCGUUCUCGAGGACUCUAACGACGAACAUCAAACUGCUUCGUUGCUUCCUGAUUUUCUUACAUGCUGUGAAAUCUUGUUUAAAAUUUGCAAUGUCGUGUUGAAGGUGAAACGUUUUACUCCGUUUCUCCGGAGUAUCAUAUUGUUUUCCUCAUGAAGAUGGAAUAUCAAAUUGACUGGAUUUUUCCAGUUCUUAGGAAACACAUGUAUUUAUGGAAUAUAGCAAGUUCGUUCACUGUCGCAGCGGUGGGAUUAUUUAGUAAAUUAUUAAUAGGUUGGAUGAAUAGUACAAAAUCUUACAAUACAGAAACAUUCAGUAAAAUUCUGGAAGCAAGGCCUAGUAAUGUUCCAUUAAUCACAGUUUCAAAUCAUCACUCGUGCUUCGACGACCCAGGAAUAUGGAGAGACGAGAGGACUCUACAGAGGGACCGAGAUCUCGUCACCUACAGAAGGAUUCCUGCUGUCCUUAUAUCAUCUGAAGGAGAAGACGACACCGACGCCGACGCCGCUGACGACAACCGGAACAUCACCCACCAACCUCAAUUGACUUUGCAGGACGCUGUAAACUUUUGUAUAGAACAGUUGAGCAGGGGCAACUGGGUUCAUGUGUUCCCCGAGGGCAAGGUGAACAUAACAAAAGAGUACAUCCGCAUGAAGUGGGGCGUGGGCCGGAUGAUAUACGAGUCGCCGGUGACGCCGAUCCUGGUGCCGAUCUGGCAUCUGGGCAUGGACGACGUGCUACCCAACGAGCCGCCAUACAUCCCCAAGGCCGGCAACAAGCUCACCUUCAACUUCGGCGAGCCGAUCGACUUUGCCGACCUGGUGGCCGACCUCCGCCGGCUCAAGGUCAGCGACGAGGAGGCGCGCAAGGCCAUCACCGACAAAAUCGAGCAGGAGCUGCUGCGUCUCAAGGAGAAGACUGAACAACUGCAUCGAUCGCACCACUCGUCCUGACAACGACGCCGGCACUCCGUCUGAACCACCCCGUCGAGAAUCUGUCUCUUAAAACGCGUGUCAACAUCCAAUGUCAUAAUCAAAAUGUCCAAGAAUCACAGUCUUUCCGACAUGGCAAUGUUUGAAAAGACUAUGUCAAAAAGACAUAAUUAUGCCAAUGAAAUAUAAUGCUAACGUCAAAAACACAGUCAUAUUUGACAGCCCAUUUAAAAGCACUGAUAAAACUGACAAUGUCAAAAAGACAUGUUCCAAUGAAAUCCAGUGCUAAAGUCGAACACUCACUCAGUCAUGUUUGACUGCCCACUUGAAAGCAAUGAUAAACUACGCUUGUACUAGCACAGCAGCACAAACACGAAUUAUGUUUGGCAUUGUGUUUCACCAAGCAUCCAUUCAUGAUGUGUAAGCACAUGUUAAAUGUGUUCAUUAGUGAAUGUCUUUUCGCGUUUAGAAAAAUGCUAUAACUUGGGUGCAAUCUGUAUGUUCUUCAACAGAUGGAAGACUUGAAGCUCUUUAAUAAUGUAAUCUAUUUAUUUGUAAUUCAAAUAACGAAAGCCAUGAAUAAAUUGUACUGUCCAAAUAGUAGCAUGAAUGGGUGUGAUCUUUUUAUUAUUUUUGCUAAUGUGAAGUUGUUCACACUCCCUGGGAGUCUUCUUUACGUAGUUCUCUGUGUUCAGUAAUUCUACUGUGUUAAUUUUCGCCGGAGCUGCUAAAGCGGAUAGUGCAUCCAAAGAAUAAUACCGUGUUGUUUGUUGUAACAUAACAAAAAACACCUUAUGGCAUAAAAAUUAAUUGUAAAUACUUUCUUAUGCAGCAUAAAAUCUUAUUAAUAAGGAUAAGGUUUCAUCUCUGUAAAGGUGGGUUUUCGUUUGUGCGUGAUGAUUCGAAUAAUACGUUUGGCGAUUACGAGAAUGUACACACUUUCACUGGCUGCGAACUUGUGAACACUCAUUUGAGCCAAAAGAAUGUAUUUAUGUAGUCGUCUAAUCAUUACGCAUAAACGAGAACCCACCUCAAGAAUUUCACAAAGAUUGAAACAGAAUAUUCUUGUAGAUUUUGACUUAGCCAAUCACAAAUGUAUGUGGAGUGAAAUUGGUGUUCGUAUGCCUCAAUAAAUAACGUCACCAAGCCUGUGUUUCGUUUUGCGGCUAUUGAAAGUGUGAGUCUACUUGCUAGAAAAAAGUCGAAUGGCUGCAGAUUGGAAAAUGUAUAACGAAUGUGUGCCACAUACCAUAUUACUUUUUUCUAAACAGGAAAAUAUAUCACCUUGUCUGCUCACAUAAGCGUUCCACACUCCUAGGACAACACUCUAGCUAGGUGAAUAGUUUUACCUAUCAUACAAUUGGCAGUACUGCCCAAUACUAUAAUUAUUAUAGAAUUGCAACAUUGAGUAUUUAGUAUACAAUGUGCUGAGUAUUUUUAUAGGGCUACUUGAAUGUUUAAUUAUUAAAAUUAUUACAAGGGUACUUGUUACUUUCUAUAAUUAAAUGUGCAGAGUGCUGCCGUUAACGUAACAGUCGCUAAUAAGAUGUUAUGUAUCACCGUAAUGACUAAUGAGUUAUUGUUCUCAGAAUGUAACUUAUUCCGGGAAUUGAUACCCAGUAAUUUAAGUAGCAAAUUUUAGGCGAACCACUCAAAACAAAGGGUUCAAAACAUAGUAGAACGGCGAAGGAAAGUAGCUGAGAUUGUUGAAAGUAAUGUAUAUUCAAAUGUGUCAGAACAAAGUGGAGCGAUAGAUAGCGGAUGCAUUCAGAUACAUGAUUUUUUUAACCCAUCUACCUAUUCUGAUGCUCUCUAUCUUUGCCGCUCCACUAUGCUUUGACCCUAGCGAUCAAUGUAUUCCAAUAAUGUGCAAUCUAGAACAUUAAUUUUAUUAAUUCGUUGUUCAUACCAAAAUUACUAAAGUAGCUAAUAUUACUACACUGAUAAAAUGGUAACCUGAAAAAAGUUCCAUACAAUAUAUCCAGAUUGGCCACUACUUUAACAAAAAAAUACCAUUAAUCAACAGCUAUUACAUUCUGGCACGAUGUUGUUAUAAUCUGAAAAUGAACAAGAAAUCUAUAUGGACCGAAAAAGCGAGUCUCUAGACUCUAGACCAACCUAGAAAAAACAUACUUCUAGACAUUUUUGCCAGAAACGGAAGGAAUGAACAAUCGAUUUUAAACAUUUUCGUUUUACAUCCUCAGUAGGACACUAAAUACAUGUCAAUAUUGUCCUUCACUUUGCUCGCAAGUAAACCCGCACUCAAAUGGGCUAUUAUCUUACUAUUGAAAUCUUAUCCUUAAAUCCGUCGAGACAAAAAUGGAUUUUUCGCAAUUAUUUCGUGAAGUAUAUUCUAAAAAUAACAGAUUGUAGCUUUCGGUCCGUUUCAUUGAGUAAGUAGCAAGAAGAUUAAUUUAUUUCGAAGUAUGUGCCAUCAACAAAACUAGUUAGUAUAUCUCCAAAAUUCGCUCUGAAUCCGUUCUCUGACAGUUUUGAAAAAUUUCAAUCGUUUAGUUAGUUAAUAUUUCACGAAAAAUUAGUUUAAAAUAUAGAGUCGUUUUAUUUCCGAUUCAGUGGAUAACAUUCCAAUAGUCAGCAAUAAAGGAAGCCAGCAAAACUUGUCACGCGUCACCAUCAUCCCUCCAAGUUAUCAUUUAUUUAUUUUAUUUGUUGAGUUGAAAUUUAUCAUUUAAAGCAAUAUUUAUAGAAUAAUAUUAUAUCAGGUAGAGUCGUAACUUUGAUUGAGUCUGAUAGUUUCUUAAUUCAGACAAUUGUUAUGACUUCCUCAGAUAACUUGAGUGUUUUGUUUCAAGGAUAAUUUUGUAACGUGAGUUUGAAAACUGAGAAUGAAGAUUUUUGAUGAUGAAUGUGAUUUGUUGGUUGUGUCUUGUAUGUUAGAUUAAUUCGAGUACGAUCACAUUACAUUAUUUGAUCCUAAACAUGAUAUUAUUCGCCUAUGAAUUAUAAGCAAACUCACACAAAACGUAUUUGUGUGUCAAUAUGUGUCUGAGCAAGUUCUCAUUUUCGUGUUGAAAAUUUGUGUUUUUAAACAUAAGUAGACGACUUUUACACUUUAUUUCCUGGAAUCUAAUAUUAUACUUUACGUUUUCUGUCCAAGACUUUAAUUUAAUAUAAAUGUCAAAUUAUUGCUAAUAAAUUGUAGAAAUAUUUUUGCUAAGUUGUAUUAUAUCUCAUUUAUUUUAAGUAUGGUUGAGCUAGGGUUACAUUAUGAAUGUUUAGACUAACUCUAAAGUUCUGGUUGUGUUUCAAUAAAUACUUAUUUUUCUCAAAGCAUCUGAAUUGGUUAUAUUUUUCUUUAUUGUCCAAUUGGGAGGUAUAAUUAGUUUUAAUGAAAGCUGACACUUCGUUGGUUCCAUUUAAAUGAAACUUGAACUACCAAGUAUGUGCGUGCUAUGUGAUUGUGAUGCUGUUAUGGUAAUUUUCCUGCCAGAAAAGUUGGAACAAAGUUUUUCAAGUAACAUGUUUUACAUUAUUUAUAGUCCAAGCUUAUAAUUAUAACAUAGUAAAAAGAAUAUAAAUCAUUAGAUUGUUUCAGCAGAAGGUAUUCCUUAUCAAUUGUUGUUAAGCUUUCUCAUUACUAUAAGUUGGUAAAUUCAUUUUCUCCAAUUUCAUUAUCAACUGAAAACACAGUUAAUAUUAUAGAAACUGUAACUCAACCACAGAGAUCGAAUGUGAAAUUCAACUUCCCUAUACAAGUAUACUGUGGACUACUAACUAUUUUUAAUUAUCCGGAUGAUUGUUGAUCAUAUUAGUGUAAUAAGAUGUCAUGCUUUAAUCAUCUAGCACCAUAGUAUGAGUAGAAGCACAGAUUGAAUAAUAUUUAUAAAUUCCAUGUGAAAUUGUUAAUAGUUGUUACGUCCAUAUUAUUAUAGAAUAAGAAUAGAAAAAAUCUCUCCAUCAUUGCUCUAUGAUUAAAGUACAUUCGUAUGGCUUUUUGUUAGGGAGUCCCUCAAAGGAAAUUUCACCACGCCUGAAUAUACAAAUAUAUAAUUUGAGCCGUUAAUGGUCGUUAAUACUGUCAUAGUUCUUUUAUAUAGCUAAUCAAUGAAUAUCACUGUUAUUCACAACACUGAAAUGCUCUACAACAUCAACAUUUGUUAAAUCACGUGGUGGGGUGGGGGGUGUUAUUGUCACUUGUGCAAAUCACAUCCGCUGAAUGUUGAGGAUGAUGACAAUAUAAAUAGUUCAUAACUUACUUAAAAACCAAUAUAAUA